UUCUCAACUCAUUUGAAAUUAUUUAGAACUUAUUUUAGUUAUGUAUUGAACUUUGGUGGCUUAUCUGAACUUAUUUCUUUUGAAAAAUAUUUUGUUCACAUUUAUGAUCGUAACCUUGAUUGAGUGAAAUGUGAAUUAUGAUGGCUGAUUGUAGAUUUCUGUACUGUUGUGUAACUUCUGUUUGUUGAUCAAUCCUAAUAGAUGAAACUUCCCUGCUGCUUAACAAGUUUAGGGACAAUGAUCUUUUUGGGAUAAUUUGCCCAUGAUGGCACUUCUUAGUCUUUGUGCAAGUCUUCAUGCAGACAUUUCAGCUGGUAUUUCAUUAUAAAAUGACAAAUCUGGAAGUAUCAUUAAUUGGUUUUGUUCUGCAUGAGAUACAUUGCUUUCUUGUCAAGAUAUGAAUUAAAAGUAUGAAAUACUAUUGACUUUUCCCAUUACUUUUUUGAUGAUUGCAACUUAACGAUAUGUAUGUGUAGGCAUUAAAAAUGUCAUAAAUGCCACGUCAUCAUUUUUGUCCCGGAAAAGUCAAAGGUUGACUUAUAUUUAUUAAAAUGACAAGUAAACUAGUUAAUUUGGGUUUUACACAAAACAAGCCCAAUUUAAUCAAAUGACGUUCAUUUAAUGAAUAUGGGUUAUUUAAACGGAUCUAAGUAAACAGGCCCAUUUAGUUAUCAAAAGGAAAACCCUAAACCCAGAAGAAUGAUAUAAAACGCUUAGUUUUAAAAAGCGCGAAGCGCACCGAAGCGCACAAGGGCCCUGGGGCUUAAGCGCAAAGCGCAAAGCGAAAGCGCACGCUUCUCGUAGGCGAAGCGCACCUUAAGUGCUAAAAACCUAUAAAAUCGUUUCUAGAACAUAUUUUGUACUUAAAACAACAUACUACUUAUAUUAUAAAUGCAUAAAUUAACAAAGGGAAGCAUAAUUCAUUACUAGACACCAAACCGGAAUACCUCCAAGAGGGUAAAGUACUAACCAAAGACUUAGAGUAAGUCACGGGCUAACAAAAAUCACAACCAGCAUAAAACAAAUAAGUAGAAAGACAGGAAAAAAAGUGUAAAAAAUAAAAUUAAAAAAGAAUUAAAAAAACAGAAUUAAAAAAAUAAAAACAAACAAACAGAAUUAAAAAAGAGAGUAAAAGACUGGGAUAAAAAACUAAAUGUCAACAAAGCAGAAUAAAACUUAUCCUAAAAAAUACAGUACAAUUUAAAAUAUUGAAUAAAAAAACUAAAUAAAAAACUAAAUGUCAAGAAACUCACAGUCCUAGAAACUCACGUAAUAAAACUUAUCCUAAAAAGGCAGAAUUAAAAAAAAAUUGAAUAAAAAAAGAUAAAUAAAAAAAGCCAGAAACUCACAAUCCCUUAAACGUAAACUCCUCAAGGUCUCAAACAGAAUAAAGCUUAUCUUAAACUAAAACAGUACUUAAACGCAUAGCCCCAAAAAAUAAAAUAAAUAAACGAAUCUGGAAGUGGAGUCUGGAGAGGCGAAAAAACAGAGUGAAGAAGAGGAAGAUCAGAUAUGAGAAAAAUCGAAAAAAAAAAUAGAGAAGAUCAGAGAAUGUGAAGAAUCGAAAAAGAAGAUAGAGAAGAAGAAUGAAAAAUGGGAAAAGAGGGAAAAAGAAAAGAGAAAUCGAAAGAGCAAUUAUUCGUACCUGGAAAUUCGGAAAUUUCCGGCGAGGAAGGUGGCUUGAUGGCUGGAGAAAUCCAAAAUCCACCAGCAAAGGUGGCUGGACAGCUAGGGUUUCUCCCCAAAAUCCCCAAAAUCGAAGGUGGUUUUCUUCUUCUGCGCCCAGAACACAAGAAGCGCACGCUUCUUUAGAAGCGCGCUUCCACAAAAAGCGCACAAAGCGCGCGCUUCCUGUACCUCGCUACGCUUUUCCUUCGCGGUGCGAUUCCAGCUGCGCCCCCAGUCGCCCCACGCUUUUAGCGCGCUUAAGCGCGCCUUUUAAAACUAAGAUAAAACGUUCUCUCCAAGUCAUUUGACUGACACACUGAACGUAGUAUAGAAAAUCUACUACUCUCCAGAAACACAUAAGUCGACAUCAAAUCCCGGUGGAGGAAGAACAACAAGCACAAGUGCCGUUCUACCUCUAUUCAACAUCCUUGAACGAGAUAAAGCCCGGCGGUCCUCACUCAAGACGUCCGACAAAACAAGUUCAUACAUCGUGGAGAUCAUCGGUGGAUAACAUCUUAGAGAUUGUACCAUAAAUUACAAAAAUCAAUAAAAAUAUUUUGUUCACUUAUAUUGAGUUCGUUACUUUUGUAGACUUUAAAUUUGUGUUUACAAAUUUGGCACGCUCGGUGGGACCACUCUACCACUCAUCUCAUUCUCCACAAGAAAGUCAGUUUACCAACAAAGAUGGCCGCUAAACAAACCGUUUCCCUGUCCGAAGCUGAGAAGGCUGCCAUGGUGAAACAAAGGGCGGCAAAACUUGUUGAGAUGAUGAAAGGACGUGACGAUGGUAUACGUACCAGAGGAAUGAAGAAUGCCGAUUUGAACGUGGCCGCUUCAAGUCUACGAUCGGCGCCUAUCACCACACUUGCUGAGAUGAUGAAAGGACGUGACGAUGGUAUACGUACCAGAGGAAUGAAGAAUGCCGAUUUGAACGUGGCCGCUUCAAGUCUACGAUCGGCGCCUAUCAUCACCAAGACAAGGAAGAAAAUCCAUGUCUGUGCCUCCUUUAACGUGUCCCCAAGUCCGUAUUACUGCAAGCCCCGCAACAUCCCCGUGUUCGGGUCAUUUCCUGCUGAAGGUGCACAAUUCCUCAUGCCCGGUGAAGAAGAUAUGCGUCCUCACCAAAAGCCUGACAAGUUGGUCAUCCACACCAGUCCUUUGUUCGAUCUGUUCUAUGUAGAAAGCGAUGCAAAUAGUAGUAACGGGUCUUCUCCAACACCACCCCAUAAAGUAUUAGAUUUUGAAGAGUCGGUCCACUCCUCACAAACCGACAUUGCGGAGGUGAUGGCGAUUGAAUCCAAGACCGUUGGAGAGCAACUUGCUGAAAUGAAGGGUAUGAUCAUGAAGCUCAUGAAUGAUGGCGAGGAGAAAGACGAGGAGAUCAAAAAGCAGAAUGAGAAUAUUUCCUCCUUAACCAAGAAGCUCAAGAAACGUACGGAAGAUAGCACAGACGAAGAGAACGACGACUCUGAAGGGAGUAUGACUUCACAACCUAGCAAAAAGGGUGGAAAACAUGAUGACUCGUUCACCAUGAAGAAGAUCCAGGAUACUUAGUUUUAAAAAGCGCGAAACGCACUGAAGCGCACAAGGGCCCUGGAGCUAAAGCGCAAAGAGAAAGCGCGGGCUUUUCGUAGGUGAAGCGCACCUUAAUGCCAAAAACCUUUAAAAUCACUUCUAGAACAUAUUUUGUACUUAAAACAAUAUGAUACUUAUAUUAUAAAUGCAUAAAUUAAAAAAAAGCAGAGAAUAAAGAUCUAAAUAAAAUGAAUUAAAAAUAGAAUAACAUAAAGAAUAGAAUAAAAAACGGAAUAAAAAAAGGAACAAAAAAAAAAUAUAAUAAAAGAAGAAUAAAAAAACUAAUAAAAAACUAAAUAAACAAAGCUAGAAAGUAGAAACCCACAACCCCUCAAAUACGUAAUCCCUCAAACCAUAAAACCCUAUCCCCUCAAAAAAUCAUGAACGCACAAGCCCCCAAAGAAGAAAAAAAAAAGAAAAAAAAGGAAAAAGGGCGCAGAGUAUAGAGGAGAUAAGAGAUGAAAAUCGAGAAAAAAAGAUUGGAGAAGAUGAGUAAUCAAAAUAAAAGAUAGAGAAUGAAAAUCGAAAAAGAGGGGGAAAAAAGAGAGAAAUUGAAACAGCAAUUAAACAUCCAUGGAGAUGCGGGAUAUACCGGCGAGACCGUGGCUGGUGGCUGGAGGAAAUCCGCCGGCAGCAAGGUGGGUAAUUGCUCCAAAAUCGUAGCUAGGGUUUUGGAGAAAACCCCAAAAUUGCAGCAAACUGAGGUUCUCUCUCCUAAACUGACUUUCUGCACAUAAUUUCCCAGCAAAAACCCAUUUAAAAUGGGUUACGUGAUUCUCACGUGAGUAAUAUUCAAUUCAAAACAGAAACUUUUCUUUUCCUUCGCUCCCCAUACAAGAAGCGUGCGCUUCAAAAGAAGCGCGCUUCCAAAGAAAGCGUCAAGGGCGCGCGCACCUUGUAGGUCGCUACGCCAUUUUCCCCCAGCGCGAUCUCAGCUGCGCUCCUGGUUGCCCCGUGGUUUUAGCGCGCUAAAGCGCGCUUUUUAAAACUAAGCCAGGAUAUGAUAAAAAAUGCGGUGAAGAAUCACAUCGUUGGAGAUUCCGGCCCUAGUAAUCUAUAGAAAGUCGUACACCAAGAGGAUUGAUCACUUGAGGAUGCUCGUCGGUUAUCAACCCCCGAAGUUCCACCAGUUUGACGAGAAGGGGAACCCUAAGCAGCAUAUAACCCAUUUCAUCGAAACGUGCAACAAUGCUAGCACGUUAAGAGAUCUACUCGUCAAAUAGUUCGUCCGUUCUCUCAAAGACACAACAUUCGACUGGUACACAAACCUUCCCCUAGAAGCCAUCGACAGUUGGGCACAAAUGGAGGAAGAGUUCAAGGUCAGGUUUUAUAGUACGCGGCGAAUUGUCAGCAUGAUUGAGUUGACGAAGACGACUCAAUGGGAAGAUUAGCCAGUUGUAGAUUACAUCAAUCGAUGGCGCACUUUAAGCUUGGAAUGCAAAGAUCGUCUGACGGAGACCUCCGUUGUCGCGAUGUGCAUUCAAGGUAUGAACUGGGACUUACUGUACAUCUUGCAGGGUAUAAAACCAAGGUCCUUUCAAGAGCUGGCAACCCGUGCACAUGACAUGGAGAUCAGUAUCACUAACAAUCGCGGAGGAAGCUCUUCAAAUUUCAAAAAGGAAAAGAAGGACUUCAAGAAGCCCGAAAAGUAUCUAAAGCGUCGACCAAAGAGUCAUUUGUUGUUGCCACUACCUCCGCUCCUGUGAAGAUUUUCGCAAAGCCUAAGACUGAGCAGAAGAAAGGGUCUUUUUCAAAGGGCGCUCGAAGAGAUAAGCCAUCAUGGGGGAAGAAGGAAAGAAGAAGGAGAAAAGUCAAGUCUCUGAAGGGCUAAACCAUGAGAGAGAUCCUGAAAGAGAUGCAAAGAUCCUUGGAUUCAAUCUAGGAGAACAACGAGCCAUCGGUAUGAUAA